AUGUGUGGUGGGGAUGGCCACAGCGGCGUGAACCAGCUGGGCGGCGUGUUUGUGUCUGGCCGCCCACUCCCGGACACCACGAGGCAGAAGAUCAUCGAACUCGCCCACUCCGGCGCCCGCCCUUGCGACAUCUCCAGAAUCUUGCAGGUGUCCAACGGCUGCGUCUCCAAGAUUCUCGGCAGGUACUACGAGACUGGCUCCAUCCGGCCGCGUGCCAUCGGGGGCUCAAAACCCCGCGUGGCUACAGCCGAGGUGGUGGCCAAGAUCUCCCAGUUCAAGAGAGAAUGUCCCUCCAUCUUCGCCUGGGAGAUCCGCGACCGGCUGCUCUCCGAGGGCGUCUGCUCGUCGGACAACAUCCCAAGCGUGAGUAGCUGUUUCGGCUGA